CCAGAAGACCACUUCAUUAAAAUAUUAAGAGUGAAGGAAUUUUCUAGCUAGUUCUACUCUGAUAACUGUUUUUGGUGAGAUCUUUUGUUUUACAGCUUUCAUGACCGCCGAAGCCGAAGCCGAAGUUAAACCGCUGGAGAAGAUGGCUACCCGAGAGAGGAGGCCUAGGCCUACGAAAGAGAAGCCUAAUCCUCCAAAAGAGAAGAAGCCCAAGCCUCCAAAGGAGAAGAAGCCAAAAGCUGUUUCUCAUCCUCCUUACUUUGAGAUGAUAAAGGAAGCUCUUUUGGCUCUGAAGGAUAAGAGUGGUUCGAGUCCCCGCGCCAUAGCAAAGUACAUAGAAGAGAAGCACAAGUCGGUUCUUCCUGCGAAUUUCAAGAAGAUGCUUGGUGUGCAGUUGAAGAACUCUGCCGCUAAGGGAAAGCUUAUCAAGAUCAGGGCGUCUUACAUGCUAGCUGAAGGAGUAGUCCCGAAGGAGAAGAUUCGUGUGAAGGAGAAAGUACCGAUCAUCAUCAUGGAGAAGACAAGAUCUGCUACAGCUGCUGUGAAAAAAGCAGAGGUUCCAGUGAAGGCUUCCAUGAAAAAGAGCAAGGUGUAUUCUCCGGCCAAACCGAAGCAACUGAAGUCCAUAAGGACUCCAGUUGUGAGGAAGGCCAGGAAAAUGGCUGCUGCUUAGAGAACAAGAACAACAACAACAAAGUUGCAGCUUACUAAUAUAAAAUGUAUAAACUAGUUGGAUAUGUGCAUGUAGGAGUUGCCUGUAAGUUUCGUGGUUAAUAAUGUAAGAUUACAUGUCGUCUACAUGUGUGAUUAUGUGGUUUUGAAAGA